AUGCUUUUCUCCAGCUACCUCUCCAUACUCCUCGUGGUCCUCUUGAUCCAAAUUGAAACGGCCUAUACGAAGUUUGCCUGUCAGGACAAGAGCUCAAACAAAAAUAAAGCAGCCACAGUCGCAUUUUGCAUGAGAAUUACAUUAGAUUCAGACACGCGAAGCCUAAAAUGGCCUACUGGAAAAAAAAAGUCUAAAUGGAUCACGAACAUCGCUAAACCAGAAGAAGAAGCGUAUACCUGUCGUGAUUGGGAUAUUUUCUACCAUCCAGCAACACGAGGCGUCUGCUGUCCCCCUAAAAAAGAAAAGAUGACAUACGAGGCGUUGUGGCCUGCGAAUCCGAAGGAUAUUGCAACGCAUUGUUAUUAUCCAGAUGUCAGGAACAUGCUUCAACGCAAGGCGGCUCAAGCAGGGUUUUAA